UUCAGACGCGCUGCCGUUACGCGCCGCGGCGGCGCGCAGAGGAGUUUCCCGACGCGAAGCUGGAGGAUGAACAUGGAUAGAUCAGCCGAUCUCGACCGUGGUGGCGUUUGAAAAUGAACAUCCCCCCGCGCUGACUGAGUGAUCGUGUUUUCACGGAUAUGUUACCACCUUUUAUUUGAGUCAGCCUGCGCCGGGGCUCCGAGCGCCCGAACCGUGUGUGGUACCGGAUACGUUCUUUUGCGUCCCUCCAUCACUGUGCGUGUGUGUGUUGCAGUUUACGCGGAGGAUCGUGCGGGUUUUUCCGAUCCGGGAGAUGUUGGCAUGGCCACCUCGCGAGCACAGAAGUGUCCGAAGAGUGAGAAGUUGGACGAAGCGCAGGCUUUGGCGAAGAGCUGCGCUGGGAAACCCGACUUUCUGCCGUGCGACGGGCUGUCCAUCUGCGCCACGCACAGCCACGGCAAGUGCUUCAAGCUGCACUGGUGCUGCCACUUGGGCUGGUGUCACUGCAAGUAUGUGUAUCAACCCAUGACCAAUGUGUGCCAGCUGCCCAGCACAGCCGUGCCACCUGCUGGGGCAGAGUACAGUAACACCAUUGACCUGUCUAUGUCUUUGGCUGAACGUUUCCUCAAGCUCGCCCCCUGCUUCCAGUCCCCUCCUCCCCUGGAGUCGCCCAAGUACUGCGUCAUCGCAGACCUGUUUGUAGAUGACUACAUCGUCAAACGUAUCAACGGAAAGAUGUGCUACGUCCAGCGCCCACCUCCUCCCGUACCUGAACCGCCUCAUCCCCCAACCCCAACCCCCACGCCGCAUGCACCUCAAAUCACCCAGAAUCCUCAGCAGCCUCGGCAACCGGUUAAAGCAGCGCAGUCGACCCAACAUGCACCUGCACAGCCCACCCAGCCUGUGUAUGCUGAGCACAAACACCCCUGUCCUAUUGAUAAAGUCAAGGGAACCAAAAUGGACCACUGCUCGUCUCCCUCAAGCUCUGAGGACUCUGGAAUAAAUGCACUGGGUCUGCAUUAUGUGGAGUCCUGCGAGGAGGAGACUGAAGAGGAGGAGGAUGACGGGUUGAGCACAGAUGGAAACUCCAGUCCUAUAAGCCUCUGGGAUCAAGACGACUGUUCUCUGCUCUCUCCCUCUAAAUCUAUGAUAGAGAUCAUUGAAAAGAUUGAAACAACUGUGUAACUCUCACACAGGCAGCGGCUUGUGAGGAAGUGAUUUUACAGGGCAGAAUCCUGUUACUGAAAAAAAAAUACUCACUAUGAUUUAUUUUAGAUGAACAAAUAGAAGAUAACCAGCCUGUGUAACGCUGCAGCGGGGCUUUGCUUGUUUGACUCGGAGCCUAUUUUCCUGCAGGCAGUCAGUCGGCGGCUGCUGCUGGUCUUCACCCACACACAGCCUCUUCAGUGCCCACAUCCCCUGCAUGGAAUGAAUUUCUCCAAACUACAAAGGACAAAGAGAAAACACAAAGGCAUCAAGCAUAUGACUGAGCAACCACGCCCCUGUAACAUGGUUUUUAUGACUAACAAAUAUCGUAUACUCAAUUAAUCCACAUGCAGCUCAGAUAGAGAUUUCUGUGUCCUUCCUCUGCAGUUGGAUCGGACUGGAGCUAAAUUAUGGAUGAUCAGAGGUGACGUCAGCCGCUUUGUUGAUGGUAAUGAGCAGUUAGGCCAUUCUUAGUGUUUUCCAGUCAUCAACCUGACAGUCAGAUUUAUUCUAACACAACAUUAGAGUGGGCGAAAAGACCCACUUUCUUCUCCUGUAGUUAGACUCCACCUACAUAUAUUAGAAACUCCAGCACUUCAGUGUAAAAAGUCCAAGCUGUCUACCUAAAGCACAUCAGCCUUUUACCCUGUUAAUUACUCACACCUGCAUUUAAAACAUUAUUACCGGCCCACAAUUGUCUGCACUUUACUGACACCACCAAGAGCAGUGGGUCAGUUUGACAAUCAAAUAUUAUACAGAAGCACAUUCUUAUGCUGUAUCUACCAGUGAGGACCAAGGAUGUUCUUCCUCCUAAACCAUUUAUCAGACAUUUAAGCUGAGCACCAACCACUUUCUUUGUUCUCAAUGAGAAAAACGAGGCCUACGUUGGCCUUUAUUAGCAUGAAAUGAACACAGAGUGAGUGUGAGCAGUGAAGCACCCAGUGUAUUCUGUAUUCUGUUGAACAUUUAUAUCUAAAGUUAUAUACUAACAAAGCGUUUUUAUUAAUUGGUUUUGUUGGCUUAAGGUUGACAUGUCUUCUGAUGAUACAGGUAAUAUGGGAAGGUG